AAGAAAGGAAAAAAGAGAAAACUCAACAAAACAAAUUGCUCUUGGAAAGCGCUCGCUGUCAUCUGUCCGUGCCCUCGUCGAUUAUUUGGAGAGGUAAAGCCAUGGCUCACGGUGGCUACAGCAAGCGGCGGGUGAACCCCGCCGGACGUCGGUCCAAGUCGGCCUUGGGCCCGGAGAAGAAGCCCAAGUCGGUCACCCUCAAAAACCAGAUACGCUCCAUCGAGCGCAUGCUCCGUAAGAAUUUACCAGCUGAAGUUAGGGAGGCUCAGGAAAAGAAGUUGGAAGGGUUCAAGAAACAGCAGGAGAUUCACUCCCGUCUCGCUGUGGAACGCAAAAUAUUUAUGCGUGACAGGAAGAUCAAGUUUUUUGAGAGAAGAAAGAUAGAGAGAAGAUUAAGACGUCUGGAGAAACUUCAACGUGCUUCUUCUGGUCAGGCACAAGAUGCAGAGAUUUUGUUGCAACUUUCCAAAUUGAAAGAAGAUCUUGAAUAUGUUAGGUUCUUUCCCAAGACCGAAAAAUAUGUCUCGUUGUUUACUGGAGGUGAAGAUACAGAUGUGAUUGAUAAGAGAAAUAAGUUGCGUAAGCAGAUUAAGGCCAAUAUAGUUGCUGCAGCAGCUAGCGGAAAGGAUUUGGAAGAAACAGGGAGUGAGGACGACGGGCUUCUGGAUAUGAGCGAAGAUGAUUUCUUCCUAAAUGGGAGUUCUAGUGAUGAAGCAGAUGCAGACGAUGAAUGGACAGAUAAGAGUGCAAAGGAACAGGCUUCCAGUGCUUCUGGAAAAGCAACCUCUGGCAUGUCCAGUGAUGAGAGAAAUCAGCGACAGAUUUCUGCUAGAGCUUUGAUGCCUCCACCCCGGCCAUCCAGCAAUUCUCGCUCAAGUUCAGUUCAUGCUCAGUCAAGGUUUGGUCCUUCAUCGAGCAAAAAUUCCUCAAAAAAGCCUGCUGAAAUGACCACAUCGAGCAAUACAUCAAAUAGCAGAAGUGGAACUUCCUUCAAUACAUCAAAUAGCAAUACAUCAAGUAGCAGAAGUGAAACUUCCUUCAAAGAUAGGGGAUCCUCUAAUUCAACUGCUGGUCAAAGUAGCAAUUUGAGCUCCAACUCUGAUGCUCAUAAGCCCCGUAGAAAGAGGAGGCCAAAGAAGAAAAAGCAGCAGGGAUGAGGGGAAGUUGCUUGGUGCGGAUGCGGACCUUUGCUUUUAAGGAUUUGAUGGCUUUGAGUUGUUACGCGAAAUUCUUACUGCUCAGUCUCGACAAUGAAGUGUGUAUUUUCUUUUUGUAUCGGUCUUUGGUUGGAAACCGGUGCUUACUGCUCAGUGUAACGAUCAGUCAUAACUCCAUGCCUACUCACUCCGAGUUGGGCUCGAUUUAUCUUGAGAAUGUUUCUGUUGCAACUGUACAAACUUCCGAUCUAGUGAGAAUCACAAAAUCCUUGGAUGGAUAUACUUUGUACUGGAUUUGCUUGCGGAAGAUAUGAAGCUUCAAUAAUUUUAUGGA